CAAUUCUUCACGAUCACACUUCCACCAACAUAACUGCUCAGCCUGCAAUCUCACGCCAAAUGGAUGGCAUCAUUCAAUAAAGAUGCUACAAUGAUAAUGAAUACCGAUACAAAUGGACGGAAUCGACGAAGACGCUGGCAGGGGCCAGCACUCUGGCGGCCUUCCCAGAAGUCAAUAUCCAGAGCCUCAUGAAACUCCAACCUUUGCAUGGUCUGGCCAAAACGUCGACCACAAUGGCGGUUCUCAUCCCGAGCAACAAUUUCCGCUGAGGGAUAAUCAGUACCAUGAUGAUUCUGCCGAGGACGAGGAACUACUUUCAGAUGCAGAUUCCGAUUACCUGGAUCUGAAAACUAAUAUUGCCAAACUAGAGGAUUCUGUUCGUAAAUUUAGACGGGAACAAAGAGAUGAAAGUGCCGACGAAGAUGAAGAGAGCCCGGAUGAAACGCGCACGCGACGGAAAGGGCGCGACAUCAAGGGACGUGUUAUUACCAGAGGUCCACGCAAAGCGGCCGUCCCCACUGGCGACAUUCGAGCCCGCAUGGGUAGGGCAUCCCAAGCUUUCAUUGAAGAAAACUAUGAAGAAGCAAAGCAGCUCGUCGAAGAAGUUAUUCGAAUCAAUGCCGAGACACACGAGGCGUGGACCUUGUUGGCGUCGAUAUUCAGAGAGCUGGGGGAUAUAGAUAAAACUCUUCUGGCUCUUAUAUAUGCGGCCCAUCUAAGGCCAAAGGAUGCAACCCAGUGGUUGAGUGCCGCAAGAUUUGCCUUGGAAGAAACAGGGGAUCAUAGGAGCAAAAAUCUCCCUUCGGCCAAGUUCUGUUUCUCGUCUGCCAUUCGCGCAAACCCGAAGAAUGACUUCGAAGCUCGAUGUGGCAAGGCAGAAGUGUUGCGUGAAAUGGGGAGCACCAGCGCUGCCAUCGUUGAGUACAGGCAUAUUCUGAAGCAAAGGCCACACGACACCAGCAUUUUGAGGCUCAUCUCCGAGGCGUAUAUUGAUAAAGAUAAUGUCAAGGCGGCCUUGAAUCUUUACAGUCAGGCCAUAGACUUCUACAAAGCCUCGGAUAGCCAGCCUGGCGAGAAGUUUACCUGGUCAGACGUUAAUAUUUAUGUUGAGUUGCACGCCUACCUCGGCCAAUAUGUCGAUGCAGUCAAGGAGCUUAAAUCACUAUCACGGUGGAUACUGGGUCGUGAAUCCGAGUUGUACUGGGAUGAUGUACUGGAAGAUGAUCGCGAAUGGGACUCCGAUGAUAAUCGGAGGGUGCUACACCCCAGCUUCUGUCAAGGAAAAUACGGCCUGCACCAGUAUGGUGAUGGUCUUCCUAUGGAACUUCGUGUGAAACUCGGAUUAUACCGCCUCAGAUUAGGUUUCCAUGCCGAAGCACUUUCUCAUCUUCACUGGCUUGGUCCAGAGAACGAAUAUUUUGCGGACCGAGUGCUUGACUAUCCAGAUCUUUUCCACGAAUCAGCUGAUAGUCUCUAUCAAGCCGGCCUACCCGAAGAAGCCCUUGUGUUUUAUCGAGCAUUGAGAGCCGUUUCGAGUCAAGAAGACGCAAAUCUUUAUUUGCAGAUGGGCAAGUGCUACUUGAACGGAAAGCGUAACAGGGAAGCCGAGGAGAGCUUCCAGCAUGCCAUUAUCCUGGAUCAAGACAACAUUGACGCCCGCGUACACCUAGCCAAACUGUACGAAGAGCUCAACGAGCAGGAACAAGCAUUCAUUUACGUGAACGAAAUCAUGAAUCUAAGAAGACUGCAGAACUCGAAAAAGAAACAGCAGAAGUCACAGCAGGAUAUAACACAGGAUAACGAUACUCUAAUGCCGACUGUGACUCGCACAAGAUCGUACUACAAACCUAAACGGCUGGUCAAUUUAGAAGAACGACAAAGGCAAGAGCAGGCUGCUUCAGAUCGACUACAGGAGCAGUAUUCUGUGAUGCGGUUGGAGCGAGAUGCCAUGCGUGCUGGCGACGAGGGAGCGACGCUAGCUUGGAUGGAGGCAGCAGCAGACCUUAUUGACGACUUCAGGGGCUUCAAGACAUUUUACCCCUGGGACAAAUAUGUUAGGUUCUUGGGCUAUACAGUAGGCCCAGCUCGCGGACAGCCUCAGACAGGAGCAACACCCCUGGAUGCGGAUCUUGCUGAGAUGGCUAAUCGAAUCUCGUUCAAACUUGGAGCAGACGUCGACAGCAGGAAUAAUGUGGCGGUGGAGAUACCGGAGAAUUAUCGAGGCAUACCCUUUUCGGCAUGGCUUGACAUAUUUCUUGACUACGCGCUGUGUCUUGUAAGAUAUGGUAAGCAUCAAGAGGCAUAUGAAAUUUGUGAGGCAGCAAAAGAUGCAGUCGUAUUCUAUCACUCGAGGGAGGAUAUGUUUUUAAUCCACGUCUGUUGGUGUGCUUGUGCAGUUCUUGCAAAUGAUGAAGAAACCUGCGUAACGGCAUGUAGAUACUUCAUGAAAGAUUAUCAGUUUACGACCGAUACGUACAGAAUGUUCGCGGCAUUGACAAGGCUAUGCCAGUCACCAAUAUCUUGGUACAGCUCUGGACCGACACAGAAAUAUAUGCUCAGGCAAAUUAAAGCUAUGGACUAUGGUCUUGUCAACGACGAUGCACGCCGAAAAUUCUUUUCUGAGAAAGGCUCCUACUCGGCCCAGGACGAGUCCGGCCGCUUGAUAGUCAAUAAGGACAUGGAUAUUGCACUGCUUAUGGUGUAUGGCCAUAUAUUAUACACUGGGACGAGUUACGCGUAUGCCCUUAAUUAUUUCUUCAGAGCAUACGCCUUGGACCCUGAAAACCCUAUGAUAAAGCUUAGCAUUGGCCUUGGUUACGUCCAUCAUGGCCUGAAGCGCCAGUCAGAAAACCGGCAGUUCCAGAUAAUGCAGGGAAUGACCUUCCUUCUUGAUUAUUACAAGACUCGCAGAGCCUCAGAUAAAGCCGAGGAACGCCAAGAAGUGAGUUACAACGUCGCGAGAACGUAUCAAAUGGUUGGACUCUCACAUCUUGCCUUGCCCUACUAUCAAGAGAUACUUGACGAGGCCCAGUCCUCAGAAACCAAGGAAGACCUGGUUUUAGAUGCUGCCUUUAACCUGCAAACCAUGUAUUCGAUGAGUGGAAACAUGAGAAUGGCCGACUACAUAACCUCUACUUGGCUACAAAUGUAGCACUUAAUUAUCUACCAUAGCCUCAAAUGAAUAAAGGUUAAUCUUCUA